UUUCCCCUCUGUCAAUAACUCCAAGAUACAAUAGCAUACGAGAACCGGCGCUGCCACGAUCCAGUAUAUGCACACCAACAACUGACUACCCAUCCAGCGGUGAACCAGCACUACCAGAAACAAGUGCCUGCUCCACACAUGCAAUGUCAUAUCGCGAAGUGCCAAUUGCGCUGUCUCCCAUUAAAAGGAAGCGAACAUUCGAUGGGUAUUCACCAAGAUUCGUCGACUUUAUGAUCCGUGAUGCCCAGAUACAACUUCACGGUGCUACGUGUGAACUAUCUCCACAUUCCAAGGCACUUUUUCCUAGCGACCAUAGUCAUAGUAGCACUGAUGAUGAAAUUAGAUCUUUGGAAGUGGAUGAGGUCUCAUCGGAUACCCUAGACAGAACUCAAAAGCAGUUUUAGUGCAGGGGGAGUCCGUUUCUACACAGUGUAUCAGUGGUCAGAGGGCCCUGCGGCGAGUCCACUUCCGCCGCCAAUACGCCCACUGAAGAAACGCGGGCGUCCGCCUAAGGCCAGGCCUACUGAGGACUCCACUCCGCCCUCUCGCGGACGAGGACGGCCACGGCGACACGCUUCGUCCUGCCCAACAUCGUCAGUGCAACAUUAAUUGUGACUGGCUACUCGUCGGGGCGCCUUCGCAUCCAGAGGGGGAGCCUGUAGCACCACCGAACGCACGCCGCGCUCGCGUGCGCACUCACACUGUGUCGGGACGGGACACAGACGCACACUAGCUCGCCGCGCCACCUUUAUAAGGAGCCACCGAGCCAUCGAUCGGUAGUCUCUGCGCUAGCGCGCCGCUGUAUCCACGCAUUGGAAGAGCCCGCCUAGCCUGAGCCGCCCCUGCCCGCUCGCCCGUGGUGACGUAUCCUGCUUGUUUCGUGACGUCACGACACGAACUGGCCGGGACCGUACCGCGCGUCGAUCCGUAUAGAGUUAGUGUAGUCAUACGAGUGUAGAAUUAAUGUUUACACAUUUGUUAGCAAAUAAAUUGCCUUGAAGUUUCACCCCAAGUUUUAUUGAAGACCUUAACAAUCUUACAAUCUGGCGCCCAACGUGGGGCCCGGAAGCUGGCUAGCCCAAAACAAGGAACACGUAGAAGAAUAAAAGAAGAACCGCUGAACACCAUGAGUUUGUCAACCGAGCAAUUUGAAAAGUUACUGUCAGUAAUUGGUAGUAAUCAACAGCGACGGGGUUCUUUUACCACCUGUAAGGUUACAUUUAAUGGUGCUAGGGACACAGAAACUGUGGAAUCUUUUCUGGCUGCGGUUUCAGUGUUCAAGUCUGUGGAACAAAUCCCUGAUGAAGAUGCCAUUAUGAGCGUUCCCUUAAUUUUGAGAGAAGAGGCAGCUACCUGGUGGAAUGGCAUAAAGGAACAGGUAAAAACCUGGGAAGAAUUUAUUUCAAGAGUUCGCCACGCCUUUGCCCCAAGAGACCUGGGUACCAAUUAUACCAGAACGUGGUGAACAUUAAGCAAGGUGAAGAUGAACUCACAGAGGUGUUUGUUGCAAAGAAGAGGGCGCUUAUCGCACAAAUGCCAGAACCACACUCGGAAACUCAACAAAUUGAUAUGAUUUACGGGCAGUUACGGUACAAAAUCAGGGUAAAAAUGCCACGCGACACCGUCAAUACCCUUGACGCCCUAGUGAAGGCAGCCAGGGGUAUAGAACAGCUCUUGGUUGAGAAGAAGAUCCCAGAAGAAGGGACAAAGAAGGAGGAAGAAACAGGGAAAGUGCCAUUUAAAAAGAAGCGCUGCACAUACUGUCGAUUGCCUGGGCAUUCAAUCGAGACAUGUCGGAAGAAGGAAAAGAAGGAUCUCGCUUCUGGUACUUCUGAUGCUUCUGUCGCGAAACCUGCGCCUAAAAAUGUUGCCAUGGGUACUCAAGCACCAUCGCCCUCCACACCAACGUUUGCAUGCUACGGAUGUGGUACACCAGGAGUGGUCCGUUCAAAAUGCACCACCUGUGCCAACGCUAAGCCGAAGGUGGGAAGAGCUGAAGUAAGUUUCUGCUCAAUCAACACGGCAGAUGUACGCGCUCGACAAAUUGUGGGUAUUGCUAUAGGCAAAAUAACAGGGAACGCCUACGUGGACACUUGCGCGAAGACAAGCGUUGCCUCAUACGCGCUGUACAAAUGCCUGCGUAGACUUGGCUUUGCGUUCCAGACACAACAGCUGAUGGUGAAACUGGCUGAUGGCACCACUACUCAGAGAGACGUAUUAACGGUGGAGGCCCCCGUUAGUAUCUGCUAUCGUGUUGUACCGACGACUUUUAUCGUCUUCCCAGAAGCUCGUGAGUCUCGCACACUGUUGGGUAUUGGGUUUAUCGAGGAUGCCAAAAUGGUACUCAACGUACCUCAGAAGACAUGGUAUUUUGAGGAUCACCCUGGAGAUGUCUUCGACCUCCAAGACGAAGAUGCUGAGGAGAUAUCACUGGCCAAGAUGGAAGCUACGCCUAUUCAUUUUAAUCCUCGGUUACGUCCUAUACUAAAGGAUGUCGAGAUGCCUGAAUUUAUUUCCCCUCUGUCAGUAACUCCAAGGUACAAUAGCAUACGAGAACCGGCGCUGCCACGAUCCAGUAUAUGCACACCAACAACUGACCACCCAUCCAGCGGAGAACCAGCACUACCAGAAACAAGUGCCUGCUCCACACAUACAAUGACAUAUCGCGUAGUGCCAAUUGCGCUGUCUCCCAUUAAAAGGAAGCGAACAUUCGAUGGGUAUUCACCAAGAUUCGUCGACUUUAUGAUCCGUGAUGCCCAGAUACAACUUCACGGUGCUACGUGUGAACUAUCUCCACAUUCCAAGGCACUUUUUCCUAGCGACCAUAGUCAUAGUAGCACUGAUGAUGAAAUUAGAUCUUUGGAAGUGGAUGAGGUCUCAUCGGAUACCCUAGACAGAACUCAAAAGCAGUUUUAGUGCAGGGGGAGUCCGUUUCUACACAGUGUAUCAGUGGUCAGAGGGCCCUGCGGCGAGUCCACUUCCGCCGCCAAUUCGCCCACUGAAGAAACGCGGGCGUCCGCCUAAGGCCAGGCCUACUGAGGACUCCACUCCGCCCUCUCGCGGACGAGGACGGCCACGGCGACACGCUUCGUCCUGCCCAACAUCGUCAGUGCAACAUUAAUUGUGACUGGCUACUCGUCGGGGCGCCUUCGCAUCCAGAGGGGGAGCCUGUAGCACCACCGAACGCACGCCGCGCUCGCGUGCGCACUCACACUGUGUCGGGACGGGACACAGACGC